AUGGAGCUGAAAGAAAAUAGCAGUGCUCUUUCUGGGGCGGAUGGAUUCUAUAAUUCUUCAUUUCAGAAUGACUCUGAAGAUGAGGUUAUAAAUGAGGAGGGGUUAAGAAGCAGGAAUUCACAAAAUAGGGAUGCUGUGCAUAGUAACCCGGAGGAUACACACAUCAAUAUCGAGAGUGAUCAGCAUAAAAACAAACAAGACUCCGUAGCUGAGAGAACAUUCUUAAAAGGGUAUCUGGAAAGGAAAUAUGAGGAAGUCUGUGACUUUUGCAAGAAAUACAAAACCAGAAUUCGAUAUGUGAUAUAUGGAAUUUUAAUAGCAGCUUACCUGAUGAUAGUCAUCGCAGCGUGUGUCCUGAAUUUUCAAAGAGCCCUGGCGCUUUUUGUACUCACUGUUCUAGCCAUCUUCUUCAUCUGCUGGGAUUUUUUAAUAGCCAGAUAUGAAGACAAAAUUGCUGAGUUCUUUUCCCCUUGUGAAAGGUUUCUGAAACAACAGUGGUUUUGGCUAAAAUGGGUGGUGUGGAUAGCUCUAAUUGCAGCUAUCAUUUGCUGGCUCAUCUUUGACACUGCCAAACAGGGAACCAAUCAGCUCAUCUCCUUUGGUGGGCUUGUGAUGUAUGUUCUCUUGAUGUUGAUCUUUUCCAAAUACCCAACCAAAGUUGCCUGGAGACCAGUAUUUUGGGGAAUUGGAAUGCAGUUUAUUCUUGGACUUGUUACUCUGAGAACUAAAGCAGGAUUUGAUGUAUUUAAUUGGCUGGGUAGACAGAUACAGAUUUUCCUGGAAUACUCUGAUGUUGGUGCUAAAUUUGUGUUUGGUGAAAAAUAUACAGAUCAUUUAUUUGCCUUUAAGGUCCUGCCAAUAGUGGUUUUCUUCAGCACAGUCAUGUCCAUGCUUUACCAUGUUGGAUUCAUGCAAUGGCUCAUUAAAAAGGUUGGUUGGAUAAUGCAGGUUACCUUGGGGACAACUCCUGUUGAGUCCCUAGUAGCAGCUGGCAACAUAUUUGUGGGACACACAGAAUCUCCUCUUCUAGUGAGGCCCUAUUUACCGUAUGUCACCAAGUCUGAACUCCACUCGAUCAUGACUUCAGGGUUCUCAACCAUCGCUGGCAGUGUCUUAGGAGCAUACAUUUCUUUUGGGGUUUCAGCCUCCCAUUUACUAACUGCUUCUGUGAUGUCAGCACCAGCAUCACUGGCUAUCUCCAAACUAUUCUGGCCUGAGACUAAAAUACCCCAAGUAACUCUGAAGAGUGGUAUAAAAAUGGAGAAAGGAGACUCAAAAAACCUGCUGGAAGCUGCUAGUCAGGGUGCCUCUGCCUCCAUCCCAUUGGUGGCGAACAUUGCUGUGAACCUGAUCGCCUUCCUUGCUUUGCUCGCUUUCAUUGAUUCAGCACUGUCUUGGUUGGGGAAUAUGUUUAACUACCCACAGCUGAACUUUGAGAUCAUUUGCGCUUAUGUCUUCAUGCCAUUUUCUUUUAUGAUGGGGGUAGACUGGGAAGAUAGUUUUAUUGUCGGUGGACUCCUAGGUUACAAGACUUUCUUCAAUGAAUUUGUGGCUUAUGAGCGUCUUUCAAUGUUGAUCCACUUGCGGGAGAAAGGUGGGCCCGUGUACGUUGGUGGCGUGAAGCAAUAUAUGACCAUCCAUUCUGAAACCAUUGCCACCUAUGCCCUCUGUGGAUUUGCAAAUUUUGGUUCUCUGGGAAUGGUGAUAGGAGGACUCACAUCUAUGGCUCCUUCCAAAAAAAGGGACAUUGCUGAUAGUGCCUUUAGGGCGAUGAUUGCUGGUACUGUCGCCUGCUUCAUGACAGCUUGCAUUGCAGGAAUAUUAUCUGUACCGGUUGUGGAGGUUCCAUGCCACAUUUUAUUAGGGGAUGCCUUCAAUGCAACAAAUUUGCCAAGCAACACCACAAAAGUAGUUGGAUGCUGCCAAGAUCUCUUUAACAGCACCAGUGCAAACAAUUCUCAAGAGAUCUUCUUAGGAGGAAACUACAGCCUAAACUCCUUGAGAGGAUGUUGCCAAAUACUGGAAUCUCCCACUUUUAAUUGCAGUUGGACCACUCCAUUAUUUUGA